AUGGGCAUAACAUCCCGUCUGCAGUCGCUCGGCACCUCCGACAUCACCAAGGGUAAUAACAAUACGCCCACCGCUAACCAUGACGAAGAGGUGCCGCCAAAGCCAGCAUGGACGGGCGGGAAGGAAGGCGAUGUCGCUCAAGCGCUGUUCAACAACCCAGAUGAAAUCAAUGAAGAGAUUGAUCCUGCUGAAGUGCGGAGAGUGCUUUGGAAGAUUGAUUUCAUGAUCUUGCCGUAUUUGGCUGUUUGCUAUGCAUUCUUCUAUAUUGAUAAGACCACGCUGAGUUACGCGGCUAUCUUUGGAAUUACGGAGGACUUGGAGCUUCAUGGAACGCAGUAUAGCUGGCUAAGUAGUAUCUUUUACUUUGGCUUUUUGGCUUGGGCAUUGCCUACCAAUCUCAUGUUGCAGCGGUUUCCAAUUGGAAAAUACCUUGGUAUUAAUAUCUUUAUGUGGGGUGUCUUCCUCAUGAUCCAAGCCGCAUGCCAUAACUUCGAGACCCUCGCCGUCCUACGAGCCCUAGGAGGUGCCGCCGAAGCCUGCGCAGACCCCGCGUUCAUGCUCAUCACUAGCAUGUGGUACACACGACGCGAGCAACCUGUGCGCAUGGGUCUAUGGUAUACCGCCAAUGGCCUUGGAAUUGCCCUUGGAGGCCUCCUCGGCUACGGAAUCGGUAAUAUCAAGGGUGCGCUUCCGUCAUGGAAGUACGAGUUUAUUAUCAUCGGCGCCCUUUGCUCGGCAUGGGGUAUCGUUAUGUUCAUAUUCCUGCCCGACUCCCCGGUCAACGCCCCUGGUCUUUCGCAACGAGAGCGCCGAAUUGCCGUCGAGCGGCUGAGGGAGAACCAAACUGGUAUUGAGAACAAACACUUGAAGCCACGGCAGGUCCUUGAGGCGUUUAUGGACUAUAAGCUUUAUUUCUUCUUUGUGCUGGGCUGUGUUUGCAACAUCCCGAACGGUGGAAUCUCAAAUUUUGGAACAAUUAUUAUCCAAGGCUUCGGGUUUUCAACCCUAGUUACAACUCUGAUGCAGAUUCCAUACGGUGUCAUAAUAGCCAUUUCCAUCCUCGUCUGCGUAUACCUGAACGACCGCUUCGUGAACCGCCGCUGUGUCUUUGUCCUCCUGUUCCUAAUUCCCAACAUCGCUGGCGCAUUCGGGCUCCGCUUCGUUCCCGAGACCGAAAAAGUCGGCCGCUUGAUCUGCUACUAUCUCACGGGUCCUUAUAAUGCGGCUUUUGUGCUGGUUUUGAGUAUGCAGGUCGCUAAUACUGCUGGGCACACCAAGAAAGUCGUAACAAACGCAGUACUCUUCCUAGGAUACUGUACAGGAAACAUCGCUGGACCGUUUUUCUAUAAAGAUAGUCAGAAACCAACAUACUCCCUAGGGAUCUGGUCGAUGAUCGUCUCCCAUCUCAUUGAAGCUGUCCUCAUCACUAUAUUGGGUUUGCUCCUGCGCUGGGAGAAUAAGAAGCGCGACCGUAUCCAGAGCCAGAUGGAGGGUGGUCUGGAGGGGAGGGAUCUCGGCGCUACGGCGUUUUUGGAUAUGACUGAUCGGGAGAAUCUGAAUUUCCGGUAUAUCUAUUAA